UCGGUCCUGACACAGAAAAAGUGCGUCCGGUGCGUCACCAGCCCUGACUGAUUAAAAGCCGCAUGCCCACAAGGAAGAAGUCAAAUGGAAUACAAGUGACCAUGAAGAACGUCUGCAGGAACUUACUCUUUGCUCUGGUGGUCAUGACUGGCGGAAUCCGCCUGUCAGACUCCUUCAACGUGGGCACAGCAGGUGCUAAGAUCUUCAGCGGCUCACCUGUGGAGGAGUUUGGCUACACGGUCCAUCAGGCCACCAACCAUGAGGGCAAGUGGCUCCUGGUCGGUGCUCCUUGGAGCGGUUUCACUGGAAACCGUAAAGGAGAUUUGUACAAGUGUCCUGUGUCAGGGUCCAGAACCAGCUGUGACAAGCUCAACCUUCAAGAUUCAGUCAGUAUUCCAGAUGUGAGAAACAUCAACGUCAACAUGUCUCUGGGUUUGACUCUGACCCGCAUGCCUGCAGUCAAUGGUUUGAUGAUAUGCGGUCCUCUCUGGGCCCAGCAGUGUGGCGAUCAGAACUUCUACCCGGGAGUAUGUGCACGACUGAGCCCCCUCUUUCAAGCCCAGCCCGCCUUCUCCCCUGCCAUCCAGACGUGCGGCGGGCCGAUGGACAUUGUGAUAGUGUUGGACGGCUCCAACAGCAUCUACCCCUGGGCUCCAAUGAGGGACUUCCUUCAGAAACUCAUACCCACGCUCGAAAUCGGGCCCCAAAACACUCAGGUCAGCGUCAUUCAGUACGCCGUGGAUUCCAAGUUUGAAUUCACGCUGAACCAGUACAAGACCAAAGCCGAGGUGUUGGAUGCCGCGUCCAAACUCACUCAAAUGCAAGGUGCCUCCACCAACACCUUCCAUGCCAUUCAAUAUGCCAGUCAGUGGGGGUUCAACGCCAAACACGGGGCCCGUCCGGGUGCCGCCAAGGUGAUGGUGGUCAUCACCGACGGGGAAUCACACGACAAAGCCUUCAGGGACACCAUCAUCGCUGAGUGUGAGAAGCAAGAAAUCACCCGCUUUGGUAUUGCAGUCCUGGGUUACUACACUAGAAACAACAUUGACACGGAAAACCUUAUCAAAGAAAUAAAAUCCAUCGCCAGCCUGCCCACGGAAAAUUACUUCUUCAACGUGUCCGAAGAAGCGGCGCUUUCAACCAUCGCUGGAACGCUGGGCAACCGCAUCUUCAACAUAGAAGGCACUGGGAAAGGGGGCAACAACUUCCAGAUGGAGAUGUCCCAGGUGGGCUUCAGCGCUCACUACUCUGGCAAAAAGGACGUGAUGAUGCUGGGAGCGGUGGGGGCCUAUGGCUGGACCGGGACAGUUGUCCACCAAACGGGCUCCAGAGUGGACGUUCUUCCUGCCACAGCCUUCGAGGGAACACUUCAAGACAGAAACAGCAGUUCACUCCUGGGUUACUCCGUCAGCACACUGAGUGAUGGCGCCGCUGAUUAUUAUGUCGCUGGUGCGCCGCGCUCCAACCACUCUGGACAAGUGAUCGUCUACACUUUCAACGCGCAGAAUCAGUUCAUGAUCAUCGAUUCGGAGCGAGGAAAGCAGAUUGGAUCUUACUUUGGCAGCAUCCUGUGUUCCGUGGACGUGGACAAAGACGGGGUGACGGACCUCCUUCUCGUUGGAGCGCCCAUGUUGAUGAGCGAGCUGAAGAGAGAGCAGGGUCGUGUUUACGUCUUCUCCGUCACCAAGGGUAUCCUGAAUGAGCAAGGGUUCCUUAAAGGCCCGCCUCCCACUGAGAACGCACGCUUCGGGAUGGCCAUGUCUGCCGUUCCCGACCUGGACAUGGACGGUUACAAUGACGUUGUUGUCGGAGCGCCCCUCGAGGACAAAGGAAGAGGUGUCAUCUACGUCUACAAUGGCAGGAAGAAGACAUUAGACAAGCAAUUUUCUCAGAGAAUAUACGGCUCCAAAAUGGAUCCUCAAGUGAAACUUUUUGGGCGAUCCCUGGAUAGCUUUAAAGACCUGAAUGACGACACACUCCCUGACAUUUCAGUGGGUGCAUACGGUAAAGUGGUACAACUCUGGUCCCGAGGUGUGGCUUCAGUCUCAGCGGAUGCUUCUUUUCUACCGGAUAAAAUCAACAUCCUCAGCAAACCUUGCGAUGUCGGUGGACGCAAGAUGUCAUGUUUCAACGCCAACCUCUGUUUCGGCGCAACGUUCCGGCCCAGGAAACCUGUUGGACCCAUUGACAUCGCCUACGACUUGACUCUAGACGCUGAUCUGCAGGCUUCACGCGUUACCUCAAGAGGGCUCUUCAUGGAAAACAACGAGCGUUUGGUUUCGGGGAAGGCGAAGAUCUCAUCUACACCGCUGUGUCAAGACUAUCAAGUCUAUGUGCAGGACACACCAGAUUUAGUCAAUUCCAUCAGUAUGAAGGUGGAGAUCCAGCAGCAGAAUCCAGACGUCAACCCUGUUCUCGACAUCCACUCUUCCACCGCCUGGGAGUUCUUUAUCCCCUUCACAAAAGACUGUGGCUCGGAUGAAGUGUGUGUCAGUGAUUUGGUGCUGAGCGUGAAUACCAACACGAAAGGCUCCAGCUCAGCUCCUUUUCUGGUCAGCGCCAAUAAGCGGGAGCUGUCGUUUGAGGUGACCGUGAAGAACAAAAAAGAAAAUGCGUACAACACUCAGGUGUUGGCAACCUACUCUAGCAACCUCUUCUACUCCUCUGUAUUCCCGCCUACUGAUGGAGUCAAAUGUUCAUCAAGUCAAGGAAAGACUGUUACUUGCCAAGUCGGAUACCCGGCCUUGAAAAAAGACCAAGCGAUGAAAUUUCAGCUCAACUUUGAAUACAACCUCAAUUAUCCGCUAAAUCGAGCCAAGGUGAAGUUUGAGGCUAAAAGUGACAGUAAAGAGCAAGUAACCACAGACAACAAAGUAGAUGUGUCCAUUCCUCUUAAAUACGACGCUGGGAUUGUUUUAUCCAGGAAGUCCAACAUCAACUUCUACGUGGCCAACUCAACGAUUGCGCCGGUGACAACGGUGAAAACGCUUGAGGACAUUGGACCUGAAUUUAACUUCACUGUGAAGAUUUCUACGGGCAACUUCCCGGUCAGUCUGCUGUAUCUGACCAUCGCUCUGCCGAUGUCCACCAAGGGGGGAAACCCACUCCUCUAUCUUACCAGUGUGGACACCCAAGCUGGAGGUUCUAUCAGCUGUGAUUCCAGCAGCCUGGUGGACCCGCUGAAGGUCGGCGUUAAGAACCAGCAAGUGUCUUUCACUGAAGAGAGUCUCAGAGGCAUCGAGAAGCUGGAUUGCCAGCGCGCCAAGUGUGAGGACAUCAAAUGUCUCCUUAAAGACAUGGACGUCACCAGCGACUACUACGUCAAAGUCAAAACAAGGAUCUGGAGCGGCACGUUUAUUAAGGCUGUCUAUCAGACCACUGAGCUCAUCUCCACGGUUGAUGUGGAGACCUCCAACCCUGAUUUACUCAUCAUCGGCCUGAAAGAGCUGCCGGUGGUGGUGACAGUGAGUAAACCAGGAGAGAAAGGAGUCGUUCCCGUAGGCGUGAUUGUUGGCAGUGUGAUCGCUGGUCUAAUACUCCUGGGCCUUGCUGUCGCUCUGCUGUGGAAGUUUGGCUUUUUCAAAAGAAAAUACCAGCAACUGCUAAAAGACGAGGACGAGCAGAGUCACGCACACGAGGAUGAAGUGUUGUAACGGAACCUUUCAUUCCUGUCAAUUGUCUACAUCCUGGUACUCUCUGACUACUUCUGAUGGAACUGCUGGUGGAUUCUUUGCCAGGACUUGGAACAGAGAACAAGUAUGAUGAAUAUCAUAGCAGUAAUGCUCAGUUAGCAUGCAGUAAUCUGCACGUACAAACUACUGACACUCAGGGAUGUGGAAUUGAUAUUUCUAUUGUACAUAGUGUCAUUUAAUUUAAGGGGAGUUUUUAUUAUCGUAUGGAUAUUUUGGUAGCAUAUGUUUUGACGGAAAUAAAUUCAUAUAUAAAUGGA